CGUCGACGCAGGCGCGCUCGGGCCCUGCCGCGGCGUCCCGCGAAGAGCCUGCGAUAAAAGCGACGGAGCAGGGAAAGCCGAAGAUGUCGAAGGGUCCCCUUCCCAGCUCCCCGUCGGCGGCCUCCACGUCGCCGGCACCCGCGGCUGGAGGCGGGGCGCUGCAGGCGCAGCCCGAGAAGCCGCAGCAUUACACGUACGUAAUGGGGAGAGUGAGAGAGAGCGCGCGAGGGAAAAAAAUAAAUAAAUACCACAACACAGACACACAACACCAGACGGAUGACGUCAGCGGGCGGCGUGAGUCACGCGCAGUGCCCCGCGCCCAACCGACCAAGAUUUGAGGAAUGUUUUUUUUUUUUUUUUUUUAAAUAAUAAAAGUCUGUGAGUGAGGUGGGCGUGGCCUGCGCGCGGUGCGAGUCCCGCCGGGGCAGCGCUGCCUCAGGACCGUUAUUGUUUGUUUAUUGUUAAUACCCCUCCAUUCACUGCUGGUCAGGUGGUGGUGGGUAGGGUUUACAUUUAAUAAGCUUUCAAUGGUUAAUGUGUCUAAUAGCACACGGCUUAUUCUGGCUCAUUUUGUUUUCUAUAAUGUUUUAUUUUGCUAUAAGCUGUCAUGUUAAAGCACUGUCACAUUCUCCACAGCCUGUGAGCAGCUGGAUUUGGUUUUAUAUGUUUGGGGGGGGGGGAGGUUAAGGAGGACUGAGCACCAUAACCACUGCAGCAUGCUGAAGUGGUUAUGGUAGUAGGAGUGAGAGUGUUUUGAGAACGCUUUCAACAAGCCGGUGUUCUAUCCUCCGCUGGCAGGGAUUAUUAUUAUUUAUAUAGCGCCAUCAGAUUCCGUAGCGCUGUUCAUCACUGUGAAACUAAUAGAAGCUCCUCACUGGCGUUAACAACGCCGCAAUAGGUGGUGAUGGGCGCACGGCUGCGGGGACAGCCCCUUAUUUUGGGCAUAUCUCUCUGUACCUUUUUUUUUUUCCUAUCCAAAAUGUCUUGCGUGUCUAGGAGCUCCAUAUUGUUGGUGUGUCUGAGUGAAUAACAGAGCUCCACAGCAGUAAUGCUCACAGUAAUGUCUUUUUAAACUUCAGUAAAUUUUUUUUUUUUUUUUAAAUAAAAUUAAUUUUUCUUGUUCUAAAUUCCAUAACCGUUGCAUAACUUGGUGUUCGUAGAUGCCCUACAAUUUCUCAGAACAGCCCUGGUCACACCUCUGCAAUGAAAGUGUCCCUCUUGUGUCCAUUUGAAAUGUUGGGUGGGUAAGCGUUGGACCCCUGAUAAGUUGUAAAACCAUCCUUAAAUGGUUCGACCGCUCACUCUGAGAGGGUAUCAGGAUACGUCUGACAUUACGGUGGCUAUGAUGCUUGCAGUGUAUCUUCAAUGGUUUUGUGUGCUUGCCGUUCAAUGAAUCAUAUUGCCCAGUAGCCCAGGUUUCAUAUUUUACCAACUAUGGCAUCUGGGAUCCUGUUGACUCUGGUUGGUUCUCUGGCGUCCUGCUUCUGGAGACACAAGGGAAAUGUCCUCCAUCUGUGUGGUGUGAGCGCAUUAUUAGGCACUUUUCUUGUUUUGCACUGGGCCCACAGCAGAGCGCUUCAGACUGACUGGAAAGCCACCCUUGCAUGCACCCACAUCUGUUUGUCAACUCUCAUUUUAGUUCCAUCACUAGUAGUCUAACCCCUGGUGACUUUCCUAUCUCUGCAUUGUGGAUGCAUGCCUUCCGUUGUUGAGGCAUGUGAUUUGAAGCCUGUUGUGCUGACACCAACAGAGACAUCCCUAAAAAGAGUUUAGGAUGAAGCUUUUGCAUGCUAUUCUUGCAAUUUUUCUAUUGUGUCAAUAGUGUGCCGCAUUUUCAUACCUUCCAGUUUUUAUUUGGUAAAUGUAUGCAUUAAUAAAAUUAACUGCUUUUUGUGUUGGGUAAUAGAAGCAUCUGUUUAUCAUCUUAUUUGUUUAAAUGGACUAUCUCUAUACAGGUUGUGACCCCCAUUUUCCUUAAAGGGAUCCACUUUUCCUGGCACUAUAGGGUUAAUAGGUAGUCCCCCCCCCCCCUUAGCUGAAGAGGUUAAAACCCUGUCAGCAACUUACCUUAAUCCAGCACCUGGCUCCCUCGUGCUGGUGACCUCUUCUUCCCUGCCAACGUCCGCUCUCAAGUGGAGCCGCAUGCGCGCAUUCAAACCCGCCCACAGGAAAUAUUUACUCAGUGCUUUCCUAUGGGGAUCUUAUUUGAUGCUGGACUCUGUGAGGACGUCCAGCAUCAAAUAAGUGCGAUUUUACUCACUGAGAAUCUGGGAAGCGGCCUCUAGUGUUCCUUUCAGCUUUAGUUUACUUUGGUGCUCAGUAUUUCUUUAAUCUUGUAUAGCUGAUGCAUUAGCGUGUCUCUGUUGCCUUUGGGAGUCAACAUACUUUGCUAAAGCCCCAUAAGUGAUCACUCUGCUCAGUGUGGAAUGGCCGAGCGUUAAACUGAUGAAAUAUACAUACUCUUUUGAGCCAAUCUGUAGCUAAAGCAUGGCACGUCAUCUACCAGGAUCCAGUAUCACCGCUGUACUCUGUCUUGGGUCAAUGGAGAAUCCCACAAGACUGCAAAAUCCUUUUUGACUCCAACUAUAAAGGGGUGAAAUAAAGACUUCAUCCAAGAGCCAUUACUAGAAAUUGAUAACAUUUUGAGGUUGGAAGCUCUGCUUUUUGUCAAGUCUUGGCAGUCUGAUUGUUGACCUUGGGACAAAGUAGUCUUUAGUUUCAUUUAUUGAAUUGGAGUUUAAUUGAAUUUCAAAGUCUUUCACUGUGAGUUUUUCAUAAAGAUUUCAUGUGAAAAUAUGCAAUAAAAACCUAUCCGGGCAAAUGAGCUUUUUCAAGAUGGAGCGCAAUAGGAAGGGGUUAGGAGAGCAAUAGAAAGAAGGGAGAGGAGAAUAGAAGGGGACAAUAGAAAACGAGAGAGACGGUGAAAGCAAUGGACAGGGGAAGGAAUAUGUAAGAGUGUUUUAAAGGGACACUAUAGUCACCAUAACAACUACAGCUUAUUGUAUUUGUUCUGGUGAGUAGAAUCAUUUCAUUCAGGCCUUUUGCAGUAAACACUGUCUCUUUUAGAGAGAAAAUGCAGUGUUUACAUUACAGCCUAGUAAAAACUCCACUUGUGCCUCCUCAGAUGGCUACUAGAGGUGCUUCCUGGGGCAGUGCUGCACAUUGUGACUGCCAUUCAGUGUCUCCUCCCUCUGCAUGCAGACACUAUACUUUCCUCAUAGAGAUGUAUUGAUUAAACAUACAAUGUGUAGAGCACGUUAGGAAUUGCUAAAUGCUGCAUGAAUCAUUUGUGUUACUGCUGCCUGUUCAUUACCAGUGGUCAUAUUGUCAAAGGGUUGCUGAGGUGAGUAACUUUUAGAUCUCAUUAGCAAUAGGCUUUUCCAUUUUGAACCCUGAAAGCUGUUACUUAUAAGUUUUAGAUGUUGUGUUUUUAUUUAUUUGUUUUAAUUUAAAUUGUUUUUGCUAAAAAAUAAGUGUGGAUAGAUAGUUACAUUCAAUUAUUUUGACACUUUUGGAUAAUUACCCAAUCAGCUUGUCUUUGCAAUGACCAUGUUAAAUAAUUCUGCACUGCAUUCAAGCUGUAACACUGGGACAUCGGUCGCAAUUCUGUUUCAGUGUCUCAAGCCGGCUUUAUUGGCAUGACAAAGUAGGUAUGUUGCCAAAGCACAUUGUGUAUGGAAGAGGUUAUGGGAUUGUGGCGAAAGGGACCUUGCCACUAGUUUUUUUGGAGGGGACUGAUUGCCAGCCUCAUGCCUUGGGACUAUUGCCCCUGGGAGAUUUGGCACUUUAAAAACAGUAUUGGGGCUUAUGGACUUGCAUUGGUGUUUAAAAGACUGUUCUGGCCCUUUAAUUGGAUAUCAGCCCUUGCUAAACUUAAACCCCAUGGCAAUUUGACUGUGUUUGUGGGAUCUGAGCGCUGUUCGGAUAUAUUGAGCGCUCAGAUCCAAGCUAUCUGGGUAUAGGUAUAAAUGAAUGUGGGGGCAGUGAUGUGUUAGCCGCGAGGCACACAAGGCAUUUGCCUUGGGCGGCAUUUUUCAGGGGGCGGCAAAAAACGCCGCCCCCCAAAUGCCCAGGGCAAAUGCCUAGUUAGCCUGGCGGCUAACUGACAUCCUGAGCGGGCGGCGCUGGGCGGGCGGCUGGCGAGGGAGCACUUCCUUUGAGCUGACUGCUUAGCUCCAUCGCGCGCCGCAGAGUGAGGCUGGGAGCCGGAAUAUGACGUCAUCUUCCGGCUCCCAGCCUCACUCUGCGGGCGGUGCGCGAGGGAGCUGAGCAGUCAGCUCAGAGGAAGUGCUCCCUCGCCAGCCGCCCGCACAGCAACCAGAGCCGACCGGCAGCCACUGGACCACCAGGGAGAGAGAGACCUCCCCCCCAGCACUCCCAAAAGUAAGGAGGUUGGAGGGUUUAAAUUUAAAAAAAAAGUUAGUGUGUGUUUGUGUCUGACUGUGUGUUUGUGUCUGACUGUGUGUGUGUUUGUGGCUGGCUGUGUGUGUGUGUGUAUUUAGAAGGUGGGGCGGGGGGGAAGGGUUGGGUGGGGGGAGGGGGGUGCCUGAGUUUUGUCCUGCCUAGGGCAGCACAAAACCAGGAUACACCACUGUGUGGGGGUUCUGUUCAGUAUUAUAGGAAUUAUGUAUUUUUGCUGUUGUGAACAGAGAUUUUCUGUAUGCUGGAGAUAAUUAUAUCACAGGCAGAGGGGGGGGAUUUUGUGGGAAUGAAUGGGAGUGUUUUACUAUAUAUUACGUGUUUGGUUGUUUUUCAAAACCCUGUGGGCGGUACUAGGUGUAUAAAAUGUGCAUAAAAGCAGAGUGUUUCAUUAAAACAUCAGUUCUACUUCACCUUCAAUUUGGAGUGCCGUCUCUUAUUGAGGGAAUCUGCUACAAGGAAUUGCUAUGCUCUGCAUACUCUCUUGCUAUAUCACUACUAAGCUCUUGUAAGAGUUUGUUCCUGUCUUGCUCUCUGAAGGAGCCUACAGUGGUUAUGGUGUCGGCUGGAGUGCUUGGAGCCUUCAGGAAGCGCAAGGAGCAUCCUUCAAUGGAGGUACCCAGUUGGGGUGCCACGUGAUCCGUUACAGUGAUGUUUUCAUCUAAAAAUAAUUUAUAUAGAAGAUGUAUAAAAGGACGAUCUCAGUCGUUUGAGGGAGUCAUGUGGCUUUUCACUCCUCUUGUUCUUAAAAGAUUGUAAUUUCUUCUUUGUUGACGGGGCUGAACUUCUGCAUCAGAGGGAUUAGCUUUAUUAAUAUUUAAUUGCUCUAAUUGGUGUAUUUUGCACUCUGUAGUAAGAAAUGCAUCUCUUCUAUGACUGCCUGCUAACAUUGUUGAUUGUUGUCCAGUUUUUCUUGUUGCACUUUUUCUGUUAUAUUUUCUUCAGUCACUUUUGGCUUCUUUCAUUGUGUUUUGUAUUCCAUGCUGUCAUUGUUUAUGACGUAUCCUUUUUUUUUUUUUUUGUGUGUGUUUUUAAACCCCCCCACCCCUUUCCUAUUCUCGCUGAGCUGUCUUUUUAGCUGUACUUUUCUUGGUUAACUGUAUUUUCCAUUGACUUAGAAUACUUUGAAUUCCCUGUGCACAUUUUCUGUCUUACUGCUUAAAGGAACACUAUAUAAUGUCAGGAAUACAAACCUGUAUUCUUGUUACUGUAGUUUUUAAAAGCACGGUUUAGACACUGGCCCCCUACUCCUUAAACUUUUUAUUUUUUUUAAAAAGGCGAUUUUCCAGCACUGCGCCGGUCUCGCUGUUGCUGGCCCUGCCCUGUUCCGCCUCCAUGGCUGAGCUGAUCAAAUUUGACGAUCUUAUCCAAUGCUUUCACAUAGGAAAGCAUUGGGAGGCUAUUGCGCAUGCAUGGCAAAAUGCCGCACUGUGCCAAUCCGCAACUCCACAGAGAUGCAUUGAAUCGAUGAGCGUUCAGCAUCUCCAUGCAGAGUGUGGAGACACUGUUCAUCACUGACCACAUUAAGCUGUUGCUCUGGUGACUAUAGUGUGCCUUUAUUGAUUACUUGUAUGUGGAAAAGUCAUAUGGCUGUAUAAGAUAUUUGCUAUAGGUACUUUAAUUUGCAUAGAUUAAAUUGUCACUGUCACUUGUGAAGACUUUGGAUUUUUUUGUUCUAAUUGUGUGUUUUUUUUUUUUUUUUUUCAUUAACUCCAUCCCCUUCCUAAAAUUACAAGUCCACUGUCAUGGUGGCGACCACCAGGAGCAGUCUGGGAGAUGUACAGUAUCUCACAAAAGUGUGUACACCACUCACAUUUUUGUAAAAUUUAUUUUAUCUUUUCAUGUGACAACACUGAAGAAAUGACACUCUGCUUUAAUGUAAAGUAGUAAGUGUACAGCCUGUAUAACAGUGUAAAUUUGCUUUCAUUAUAUCUAAACAGUUGGCAGUAAACCCUUAAGUGGAAAUGUCCAAAUUGGGCCCAAUUAGCCAUUUUUCCUCCCUGGUGUCAUGUGACUCAUUAGUGUUACAAGGUCUCAGGUGUGAAUGGGGAGCAGGUGUGUUAAAUUUGGGGUUAUCGCUUUCACACUCUCUCAUACUGGUCACUGGAAGUUUAACAUGGCACCUCAUGGCACAGAACUCUGAGGAUCUGAAAAAAAGAAUUGCUGCUCUACAUAAAGCUGGCAUAGGCUAUAAGAAGAUUGACAAGAUCCUGAAACUGAGCUGCAGCACAUUGGGCAAGACCAUACAGCUGUUUCACAGGACAAGUUCCACUCAGAACAGGCCUCGCCAUGGCUGACCAAAGAAGUGGAGUGCACGUGUUCAGCGUCCUAUCCAGAGGUCGUCUUUGGGAAAUGGACGUAUAAGUGCUUCCAGAAUUGCUGCAGAGUUUGAAGGGGUGGGGGGUCAGCCGGUCAGUGCUCAGACCAUACGUCGCAUAUUGCAUCAAUUGGUCUGCAUGGCUGUUGUCCCAAAAGGAAGCCUCUUCUAAAGAUGAUGCACAAGAAAGCCUGCAAACAGUUUGCUGAAGACAAGCAGACUAAGAACAUGGAUUACUGAAACAAUGUCCUGUGGUCUGAUGAGACCAAGAUAAACUUAUUUGGUUCAGAUGGUGUCAAGCGUGUGUGGCGGCAACCAAGUGAGGAGUACAAAGACAAGUGUCUUGCCUACAGUCAAGCAUGGUGGUGGGAGUGUCAUGGUCUGGGCCUGCAUGAGUGUUGCCGGCAUUGGGGAGCUACAGUUCAUUGAGGGAACCAUGAAUGCCAACAUGUACUGUGACAUACUGAAGCAGAGCAUGAUCCCUUCCCUUCGGAAACUGGGCCGCAGGGCAGUAUUCCAACAUGGUAAUGACCUCAAACACUCCUCCAAGACGACCACUUCCUUGCUAAAGAAGGUAAAGGUGAUGGACUGGCCAAGCAUGUCUCCAGACGUAAACGCUAUUGAGCAUCUUUGGGGCAUCCUCAAACAGAAGGUGGGGGAACGCAAGGUCUCUUAUAUCCACCAGCUGUGUGAUGUCGUCAUGGAGGAGUGGAAGAGGAAUCCAGUGGCAACCUGUGAAGCUCUGGUGCCCGCGAGGGUUAAGGCAGUGCUGGAAAAUAAUGGUGGCCACACAAAAUAUUGACACUUUGUGCCCAAUUUGGACAUUUCCACUUAGGGGUGUACUCUCUUUUGUUGCCAACGGUUUAGACAUUAAUGGCUGUUUUAUUUUGAGGGGACAGCAAACUUACUGUCAUACACUCUGUACACUUAAUACUUUACAUUAUAGCAGUGUCAUUUCUCCUGUGUUGUCACUUGAAAAGAUAUAAUCAAACAUUAACAAAUGUGAGGGGUGUAAUGCAUAUCUUGUUAAUGCAUAUCUUUUGCAUGCGUUGGAAUUUCAAAAAUUCUAAAAGCAUCAUAAAUUGCUUUUCAUAAAGACUGUGUAUAUUUUUAGAACUAUUAGAGCUGCUUUAACUGUGCUUUUCAAUUAUGUACUUUCCCUGUGCCUUUUUCUUGUAUUGGCAGAAUUACGGCAAAUGUUUCCUUUAUCCAGUUUAAAAACCGCAACAAAAAACAAACUUAUUUUUCUUCUCCCCCCAUGGCGCCCAUCCUUGGACUGCUAAAUUCUGUACAAUACAUAGAUGUUGUGCGGUACAGAGUCAGAUGGAUAUCUAAAAUACAUUAUACCCCUUAGCACUGAUGGUAUAGGUGUUGGAUUAAGGAGACAUGACAGUGUGCGUUGUGACGGUCUAUCACUACUUUCUGUGCAUGGGGAGAAUAUUGAAAAAGCUUCAUCGUGUUUCUCAUUUUAUGUGGCCUUUGAGACUGCGGUCUUGAACAGUUUCUAUCAUUUUUGGCAUGCUGUCAUGAACGAUGUGUAGUAGAAUAUUUCACCAUUUUUUAAGAGGAACAGCCUCUUGCUCUGUUUGUGAAUCUACUGUUCUACAGAACAUCCUAGAUAGGAUGAAUAAUUUUGUUUUAGAUCUGAUGACUGACCAUACUCCUUAGAAGCUCUUUGACUUUAUAUUAGAGGGUUAUUCCCUAAAGCAGGGGUAUAGCCGUAAUACUGGCACUAUAUCAUGGGAGAUGUAGUCAAAAACACCUGGAGUGCCGAAGGUUGCCUCCCCCUGCCCUUAAGUGAUUGUUAAAUUCAGAGUUUACAAUUUUGACCAAAAUAGCCAAACUGGAAGCAUAGCUUACUUGGAGUAGAAUUUGUUCAUUGGCAGCCUAGGCUAGCGUUUAUUCCCAUUUUAAUAAAUUAUGAAGGACUGAACCGCAGCCCACUGACCAAGGGACAUUUAAAGCCAAUCAAAAGCAGUCUGACUCUUGGCAGUCAGGUGGUGUCAGGGGACUGCUGGCAUCAUAACCACUAUGGUACACAGUGGUUAUGGUGUUUUUGAGUGCCAUGUCAACUUGUGGUCUUGUGCUCAUUGACAUCUCAAAAGCUUUCUCAAGGUUUGAAAAUGUACAAUUCUUAUUCCCUAGGUGACAUAGAUGUGAAUUUGGUGCUGCGUUUGGCAAAUUUGGUAAAAUUUAGUACAAAUUGUCUGAGCAAGCCUUUUUUGUCAGAGCAAAGUGGUGUGUGUGUUUGGGUUUGGUUUUUUUUUUUGUUUGGGUUUGGUUUUUUUUUUUUUUUUUUAACCUUUUUAGCACCAAGGCACACCUCAUUGACAGAAAAGGUUCCAAGGAAGGCUUAAUAAUUUAAUUUCAAAUGAUCAGGUGUGAAUUGCAAUGUAUAUUCAUUCUCUAUCUCUGUUUGAAGUCAGUGUUGUGUUCAUGGGACAUUUUGACGUGGCUUGAGUCAUUGUGAAUAAGUGGCAACUGGUUUAAGGUGAACCUGAAUAAAAUCGGGGUGUUUGUAAUGUGGGAAAAUCACAACCCAAUAAUGAAGAUACAGGUAGAAAAAUUUACUUAUCUGAAAUUUGGUUGAUUCCAUUUUAAAUAAUUCAGAGCAUGGAUAGAUACAUGGUGUGAUGCUUGAUCGCAAGUUCCCCCCCGGGGGGAAAAAAGUAUUUCAAGACUAUGUAAGUGUUGUGUUUUUUAUUUUUUAUUUUUUUUUAAUAUGAAAUACUAAUUUUGACUGUGUUGGAACUUAACAGAAAUUUCAUUCCACUCAAGAGAUCUACUGAGAUUACUUUGUGUCUAUAUUUUCCAGUGCCUGACACUUCUAGACACCAUCUAGAAGUGUCCAUUUCACCCAGCGAUAGUUGCAGAGCAACGAUAAAUUGUCUUUAUCCUCUAUACGCCUCAUUGCUGAACUCUCACGGAUGCACUAGAGUACAACCGUGAUAUCGGCUCAGGGCGCUUAAGAGCCAAAGAGGGCCUGCAAAAAAAGCACAGAAAAUUAUAUAACCACUAUAUAUACAACAUAAACACUCACUUAAACAGUGUGCCCUCUAUACACCAAACAACUAAGAAACAAAACUAGCAUGUAAGUAGGGGGUGUGAAUAAGAGAUGAUAUCUCCUGAAUAUAGUUAAAAUAGAGGUUAAUACAAUCUUAAACAACAACAAAUGGAAUGUGUCCAGAUAUCUGGGAAGAAAAUAAAAUUGACAUAGUGUAAUAUCAAGUGUGACUCAACCUACAAAUUAUUAAUUGCACUCACAAGAAUCUGGAUGAUUUAAAGUCCAUCAUGUAGGUAUCAAUAUAUAGGAAUAAUCCGUGUCACAUCAGACGUGGUAUUUUCCAGCUUGUGAUAGAAACAGAAAGCAAAAAUAGUGCAGAUGGUAGAUAUAAACUAUACAAUUUUAUUUCGGUUGCACUUAUAAGAUUAAAGUUAAAAAAAACAGCAUAUUUCCGUCUACAGCGGAUCUGGAUGGUGUAGGUAAAACCAGAAACCGGCCGUGAUAAGAGUAAAAGAAUGGAGUCCCAGGACAAAAACAAACCCGAAGUCCCUUUUUGCAUAUAUCUAAUGCGUUUGUCUUGAUAGACUUCUUGAGGGAUGUAUGUCCCCCUAUUCCCUGACCUUCGUUUAAAUAGUGAUGAUAAUCAUCAAAUGUUAGAGGACCUGCCCAAAGAAGAUGGUGGUUGUGGGUAGUGCAGUGAGGGGGAUAUAUAUAUAUUAUCCCCUCACUGCACUACUAUAUAUUACCUAGAGAAUAUAGUAUUUUCUUCUACCAUUUAAUUUACAACCAGAAAUAUGUUAACUAACGUAAAGUCAACCAGUUGCCUGACCGGAUUAUAACAGAAGCACAUUAAAUACCAACCUAGAUAGUUACAUUAGAUGCGGAAAAAUAUCGUCAGCCGGUGGGAGCAAUAGUGACAGCUGUGACAUCUGGCUUGCAGCUUUACUACUUACUAACACUCGGGCUAAAAUUAUGCCGAGAAUUCAUAUAGUAAUUUAUGCUUUAAAAGCUGGGGUGUGUAUUGAAAACAUAAGACAAAAAACGAUGAUAUAUCUAGAAAAGCAUAUGACGCUUGAGUAUUGUUCAGUACAUAAACCAGCAUACUGUACUGGUAUGAUGCUUGGAGUGUUCCUCUAAGGGUCUUGACUCUCUUGUUAAAUCUUUCCAUUGAACUUUCUUCAAAGAAGCAGACGUUGGAGCACCAAUUUAAUCUACGUAAACACUUGGUGCCCUCCUGGUUUAAAUGAUUAAAACCACCAUGUCUUGGAAUCAGAACACUGUGUAACUGAAGUAAUUUGGGUGAGGUGACCAGUAUAUUAACGUUAGAAUAUCUUAUUAAAGAAAAUAAAUACAAUACACUUCAGUGUUUAACCCAAAAUAGGUUUCUUAAGUUUGAGGGGUUUUGCAUAGCCAGAGCCCACCUUGCAAGUUAAUUUAAACGGACAAUGCCACAUGAGCACACAACUUUGGAGUUUAUUACUGACUGAAAAGUGUCAAGAACAUCAUGGGGCAAUAACCAUGGCAUCAGAGGAAGAUUUUGUAUUUUUAUUUUUUCUCUCCGGAAGUCCCGGGAAAUUCUUAUUUUCCUUAUUUAAUAUAGUUUUCUUUAUAUCCUUGCAGGUAUUUAAAAGAGUUCAGGACUGAACAGUGCCCCCUCUUCGUACAGCACAAGUGUACCCAGCAUCGUCCCUAUACUUGUUUCCACUGGCAUUUUGUCAACCAGCGUCGGCGAAGGUCGGUGAGAAGGAGAGAUGGGACUUUUAACUAUAGCCCAGAUAUCUAUUGUACAAAGUAUGAUGAGACGUCAGGACUCUGCCCAGAAGGAGAUGAGUGAGUAAUUUGUGUUUGUUUCCCAGCUUCAUUACGGGAAGGCACUUGUCUAUCAAUUGAAAGACCGAAUUCGAAUGAUUGAUAUAUGUAUAAUAGUGAUAUAUAAAUUGUGACAUUGUUUUCAUAAUGUACUGGUUGAGUUAAAUGCUGACGUUAGUAUUAGCACAUCUAUAUAGUAACAGAGGGACACGAGGUCGCUCUCUCUUGGCUCUGUACAACAAUGUAACUCUCCCAUCAGACGUACAGCAAUUACCAUCUGCUGUUGAAUGUCUACUAUCCUGUAACAUCCUUUAUUAUGUAUCCGUAACAAAGAAUAAACCUGAAGAAACCGUAAGUCAGAUUGUGUAUUAGUACUUUUCAAUAAUAUAGACAUAUAUUAUUGUGGCGAGCAUUUGGCCCACGACUAUAUAUACAAAAGACGUGUGUGUGUGUGUAUAUAUAUAUAUAUAUCAAUCAACUGAAGACCAGAAGAAAUUAAGAAGAUUCAACAUUAACACCGUUUCAUAUAAUAGAAAGUUAUAUCAAUCAUCUAGAUUUUACAAAGGUUGUUUCUGUCUGGGUCUUCUAUGUCUAUAAUGUCAUCAAUUUAUAUUUUCUGGAUUCUUAUUUUAUUUUCCUUUUUCUAAAAAUUUCUCUUUAGAGCAGAUGGCUUGUGUGUUUUUUUUUUUGUUUUUUUUUUUAAUACUCCAGUGGUUUGGAACAAUUUCCUCCUGAGUUGUAAAAAUGGGCUCUUUGGUAGUCCAAUUGAGCCAAGGGGCAUAUUGGCAGCUCAUUUGGUAAAUUAAUGCAUUUGCAUGUUAAAAAAGAAUUUAUUUAUUAUUUUUUUUUUUUUUGUGCGGGUAUGUAUUUAAUCUUGUAUAGAUAUCUGAGAGUGUGGCAAUUUUUGUUUACUAAAUGUAAAGGUUAUGCCAAUACCACAAUCAUUUUUCAUUUAAGUGCUUUAAGAAAAGUUCUGAACCUUUCUAGAUUAGGAAAAGGUGAUCUAUAUAGUGUAAGGUGAACAGGUUCUUAUUCAAAAGAUGCUCUCCUUCCCCCCCCCAAAUGGCAGUGGAAUCAGUCUGCCAUAAAAAAGGUUGGCAUAACUAGGUGUGAACCUGGUCCCCCAUUGCAAUACCUUGCUUUUUGUUGGUAGUUGGCAUACCAAAAGUAGUGAUACUAUAAUACUUUGAGUAAUUUGCUUUUACUGCUAAGUUAUGCCACAUAUUUCCUGUGUUUUGUCCAGGUGCCCUUUUCUACACCGGACUACAGGAGACACAGAAAGAAGGUAUCAUCUGCGCUACUACAAGACCGGUAUUUGUAUCCAUGAAACUGAUUCAAAGGGUCACUGUACGAAAAAUGGGCAGCAUUGCGCAUUUGCUCAUGGGCCUCAUGAUCUGCGUUCUCCUGUUUAUGAUAUAAGGUACCAUAUAUACUUGUGAUUUACGUAUUGGUUGUUUUUUUUGUUUUUUUUUGUAAGGUCUUUGUCUAACUGUAAUUUUCUGUUAAAAUGCCUUUUCAUCACUUAAAAAAAGUUAUGUAGCAUUAGCUAUAUGCCAAGUAAGCAGAUUUUUAAACCAUGUAUGUCCGUGAUUGUUUCUGUAGAAACCAAAAGUGAAAAAGGAACUGCAAUGUGAAAUAAGACCACCAUGGAUCAUCACCUUUACUUUUCACUUUUGGCUUCUUAUGUUUCAUUUGUGUUAACAUGAGGAACACACAAAAUGGGUCCAUGAAUAUAUUUUAUUAUAUUACUUUGCUUUUACUUCUUUGUUUUGAUAGUCCUUCACUUUGUUCUCUGCAUUGAUUGUUUCUGUGUAUUGUUGCCCCCAUUUAUAUGCUUGCUAACCAUUCCUUCCUCUAAUAGGGAGUUGCAAGCAAUGGAGGCCUUACAGAAUGGACAGCCAGCAUUAGAUGGGGGACUAGAAGGGCAGACGGCUGUUGCUGCCAGCCAUGCCAUGAUCGAGAAGAUUCUGGGAGAGGAGCCACGCUGGCAGGGUGAGAAUCUCUGUAAGGUGGUGCUUAUUUCUGAAAUUGUGUGUUUUUAUUUGUGAGCAAACAAACUUUAAAAGUGAAUUAGAAAAGUCUGAGGACAAGUUAUGUAUCAGUCAUUUUAAAGAGGCAAUCCAGACCCGAAAUCAUUUCAGGUUGUGUAAAGAGUAUAUCCUCCUGUGUUUUUUGUUUUGAAUAAGUUUAUUGGUGCAUAAGAAAAGCAGUCAUCCCACGCAGGGGAGACAAAUGAGCAUAGUAAACUUUUCGACAUAGGCAUAUGCCACAGAGUGCAUUUUAUAUCGAAUGAGAACAGUCAAAGCCUAGUAAGGCAGAAAGGUUAGAUUAUGUGAACACAAGUAACAUAACUAAGGUUAAACAAAGUCAUAUUGCAUAUCCGUUCCAACAUUGGCGAGAAGAGAUCAUUCUCUGCAUCUUAUUUUUCAGUCAGCUUAUGUUAGCGGUACAAUGUUUAGCGAAAUCUGAACCGAGGUAUUUGCACUGUUGUCUACGCUGAAUUAUAACGGGUCCAGUUAAAUAAUGUUUUAUGCCUAUUCUCAACUUUAUUUGGUUAAACAAUACGCAGCAACCCAUUAGUGAGUCCCCAUAUGCUGGCAGGGUGGGAUUAAACUAUGGUAUAACACAAGGGCCCGUCAUUAGGAAAUCAGAGAAAGGGUUAGUAUUUCACUCUGAGAUGUUAACAUGACAUUCAAGGAUUAGGUAAUGGGGGAUUAGGGGCUUAUUUGGUUGCUGUAUAACUUCCUCUCCCUACGUUUAACAGGGUAGUAUGUUGUAAGUCUUUAAUUCGUGCCCUCAGGUAAGAGGUAAUCGAUGUCCCACAAGAUAGGACCCACAAAAUCUGUACGUGCGUGAUUACAAACACAUCUAGAAAAUAAACAAUGAACGGUUAAACUGUAAGCAGGUUGUUCCGUAAAGAAUGCUCAUAUAGGCACUGCUGCAUGGGCAGUGUAAGCAAGACUAGAAAAAUAUAUUAAACAGGCAGCAUUAUAGCAUGAACAUAUCACUGAUGCUUUUCAGUCCUCAAGGAUCAUCAAGCAUAAGACAGGAGCAUAACGUAGAUAAGGACAUGAUGCUGCAUAAUGUACAGCUUUAUAUGGUGAAUAAACAAAAAACAAAAACAAAAAAAAACAUUUACUGCUGCAUGUCAUUAGCAGCGUGUAUCAACUCAGUCCACAGGCAUUGAAGGGCCACGGAUACGACCCCCCCGAGCGGGGGGAACCGACUGCAGAUGCCUUUGCGGCUGAUCCCAGGGGCGCCAGGCCUCCGCGGCAUCCCCCUAGGCCGCGCCAAGCCUCCAUCCGGGAGAUCUGCAGCACAGCGGGCACUCGGGGACCCAUCAGUCCACAGGACCCACCGCCUAAAGUCCGUGUGCCAGUCAGUAAUCCCCUGCACCCCCACUGCACCACUGGGGCCCCAGAUGGUCAGGGUGAAGGCCGUCCUGUGUCUCACCCUUCUCCGGCCACUCGGGGCGGGCGCCAGCCUCCCCACAGCCACCGGUCCGCCGGGGGCCGCCGCGUUCCGCUCCACGAGGGCUCACAGCGUCGGGGACAGUUGCCUGCAGGUCCUCCUCAAACCCACAGGUGACGGCACUUCGGUCUUCGCAGGGCAUAGUCCAAGGGUCGCGGCAUCCGGCCAGUGGGCCCCAAGGACACCGCAGCAGCAUCCCGCCUGGCUCCCCCACCCACGUGCAUCGCCUCCGGGGCCCCACUUCAUCCGUGGGUGUUGUAUCACCAGGACAGCUUCUGAUGGCAAGGCAGGACUGUUGUAGGCCGUUAAGUUCAGGGUGCGCGUUAAUCCUGUAGCGCAGGCAAUAAUCGUCCCUGUCUUUUGAGUGUAGAUAUCUGGCGGGCCGCAGUUUGGCAGCCAGUGCCUGUGCAGGAGGUCAGCGAGCACCCCGGGUGGUUGCGUCCACCCCAGGGCGUGCAGCCUCCAUGUAGCCGGGAUUACCCCCUCCGGCCGGGGGGGGGGCGGGGCCGCCGCUCUCACCCGUGGAGAUCUCCCCCAGUGUCCGCAUAGCUGGUGUGUUUGUAUCUCGGGCCUUGCAAUCAGGCGUCUGUUCUCUAUCUGCAGCUGUCCUCAUGCAGGCUUAUGCAGGUGUGUAGGCCGGGUUCAUCCGUCUCGGUGUUCCCCGUGAAUUUUUGGCCGUAGUCUGGUAUCAUAUGGGUGCUUGGGUAGUACCCCAUUGUAAUGCAGCAUGUAAUCCGGCUCUGGGGUAAGUUGUGAGCAAGUUUUAUGCCGUUGUUUAGGGCUGAAGCUCGGAGCCACGGUGUUUUGCUGCCAUGCUGCUUGGCGGCCCGGCCCCGCCCCCCCUCCUGUGUUUUUUGUAAAAUGUAAAAAAUUUUGAUAGAAAGCAUCACUUUUAUAAAUCAACCUUGUUACACUACACCCCGGCUGUCAAUUGGACAACCCUUUUGUAACUUCCUUGUUGAUUUAUCUCAGUGGAGCUAAAUUUAAAUUGUUGCUUGAGCUGCAUUGGAAAGUCUGUGAUUGGACAGCCACAGAAAGUCGGGGAGGACUUGCAAAGGCUACCGACGAGAUUUGCAUCUUUUUGCAAGCUUGUUUAUAUAUACAUCUCUUUCUUUUUCCUCUUUCUUUUUCCUCUUUCUUUUUCCUCUUUCUUUUUCCUCUUUCUUUUUCCUCUUUCUUUUUCCUCUUUCUUUUUCCUCUUUCUUUUUCCUCUUUCUUUUUCCUCUUUCUUUUUCCUCUUUCUUUUUCCUCUUUCUUUUUCCUCUUUCUUUUUCCUCUUUCUUUUUCCUCUUUCUUUUUCCUCUUUCUUUUUCCUCUUUCUUUUUCCUCUUUCUUUUUCCUCUUUCUUUUUCCUCUUUCUUUUUCCUCUUUCUUUUUCCUCUAUCCUUUGGUAAAGCAAUAACACCAAACACAUUUUGGGCCUUAAAACACAGCAUUGAUUUGUUCCUCACAAUGUGUGACAAAUCUGCAAAGAUUUUUUUGUUUUUGGUUUUGUCUCUUGAAUAGAACAUAAAGGAUUUCGGUUUUUAUGCCUUUAGCAUAUUGGCAUAGAAUAUAAAAAUGAUUUUUGGUUUUAUAUAGUUAUAGAAUUUCCAAAAUAUGUUUGGUGUUAUGCCAUAGCCCCCCUCCCUGGCCAGUUAUCAAGCAGGGAGGGGGACAAAAAGUCAAAAAAGGAAAUAUUAACAUAAAAUGCCCUCCCCCCACCCAGUAUACACACACACUCUGCAUAGUGUACACACACACACUCACUCUGCAUAGUGUGUGUGUGUAUAUGUAUAUAUAUAUAUAUAUGUGUAUAUAUAGGUGUGUGUGUGUGUGUGUGUAUAUAUAUAUAUAUAUAUUUCACUCUGCAUCGUAUAUACACACACGCGUGCACUCUGCAUCGUGUGUAUACAUACACAGUAAAUAUUCAAUUAAUGUCAUUUUAUUGGGAUCUAAUUUUAUUUAGAAACUUACCAGUAGCUGCUGCAUUUCCCACCCUAGGCUUAUACUCAAGUCAAUAAGUUUUUUUUUGUGGUAAAAUUAGGGGCCUCGGUUUAUAUUUGGGUCGGCUUAUACUCUAGUAUAUACGGUAAAUGCAUAAAUGUUUUUAUUGGGGCUAUAUCUACUAAACAGUUGUAUUUUUGUUUUUUAUUUUGGGAAGGAGGAGCAGUAGAGUGUUCCUUUAAAUUCCCCACACUUUAGAAGAGUCUGCCUGUUUUCAAUUAAGUAGUUUAUUUUUUGCAGUUGACCUCUCUGUGAGAUUAGGUCUUGCCAGAAGAUCUAAAGUUUAUACUUAUCGCUCUACAACCUUUGUCUUGUUGACAGAUACCACCUAUGUUCUUGGACAUUACAAGACCGAACAAUGUAAAAAACCUCCUCGAUUGUGUCGGCAAGGUUAUGCCUGCCCUUACUACCACAACAGCAAAGACCGUAGAAGGAGCCCACGCCAAAACAAAUACAGGUGCAUAAGAGGCUACCAAAUGACUCUCCUUAUGCUCAACAUUCAGUAGGGCACUGUAGCUCAUAAUGUAGAGCAUUGGUAACAUACAUGUGACUUGUAUGAAAUUUUAAAGCCAUUUCAAGUAUAUCAAAUAAUGAAGUUUGAAAUCUUAAAGGGACACCCAAUACAUCAUCAUAACUUUUAAUUAUUGCAUAAGAAAGGGUGUGGUGGUGUUGACUAGUGAAACAAGGAGGGAGGUGUAACAAAGUUUCUAUUGCACUUGCUUGUUGAAAUUGAUUAAUGUUUAGAAUGCUUGUGUAUAAAUGCCUGCUGACCAUGAUAUGUUUAAUCCAGAUGGUCUGUUCAGUACAGACUUUAUUGAUAGGAAUAAGAUAUCAAAUCCAUUUUUUUUUUUUUUUUAAAACAUGGAUACAUUUGAAAUGGCUGGGAAAAUAGACUGGAUAAUUGCUGCAGAUCAGUAUGGUAGAGAAAGGAAAAACAAUUUAAAUUCUGCGCUACUGAAAGUUACUACUUAUGUGACCUAUAGGAUAUUACACUCUAAUAGAUAUCCAGGAAUGAUAGAGGAUAUAUAUCAUUGAAACUUAAAAUUGGUAAAAAUACUUAAGUCAAUACUUGUAUAAAAAAAGUCAAUAUUUGCAAGAAACCACUGUAUAAAAGUCCACAAUUUUGCAGUUUAUAUAGUCCUUAUUUCACACAAAUGUAAAAUCCCUAUAAUUGUUUUCCAGAUCAAUGUAAAAAUUCAAUACUAUAAAAAAAGGCACUGGAUAAAAGUCCACAAAAGUGUUGCAAUCAUUGUGGACUUUUAUCCAGUGUGUGGUGUGUUUUUUUUUUUUUUUUUUUGAUCUCUGGAAAACAAUUAUAGUGAUUUUACAUUUGUGUGAAAUAAGGACUAUAUAAACUGCAAAAUUGUGGACUUUUUUAUUUUUAUUGUUGUGAUUUCUUGCAAAUAUUUACUUUUUUUUUUACAAGCCUUGACUUUUUAAAGUAUUUUUUUAACAAUGUUACGUUGUGUGUGUGUGUGUGUGUGUGUGUGUGUGUGUGUGUGUAUAUAUAUAUAUAUAUAUAUAUAUAUAUAUAUAUAUAUAUAUAUAUAUAUAAUUUUCUCCUAUCACUCCUGGAUACCCAUUAGUCGAUCUAAUAUCCUAUCUUAUUUGGCGGGAAUCCUAUUAUUUCCCGUCAGUGAUCUCUCCACACUACCUACUCCAAACUUGUGAGAUUUUUUUAAUCUCAACAAUACCCCUAUUUUGUUUUUAUGUGACCUAUGUUUUAAGUAUUUAACUUUUUUUCUCCCCCUGCUAUUUCUGUAAUCUUUUAUAUCCUUAUUUUGCAGGUCUUCUCCAUGUCCCAGCGUAAAACAUGGAGAUGAAUGGGGGGAUCCCAGUAAGUGUGAAAGUGGAGAUUCUUGUCAGUACUGUCACACACGCACAGAACAGCAGUUCCAUCCAGAGGUAGGAGGGAGACCCAAUUUAUUUCACUUCACUUACUCUUUGCGCAAGAUGCUGUGCAAGAUGCUGCGCAAGAUGCUGCAUGUAAAUGUCCGUGUCACAGGCCUAACCACAUAUUUGACCUCGAGUCUGUGACUGUGAUUUUCUUCAGAGUUCAUGUAGGUCUAGAAUUCCCAAUAUUAUUUCUGGACAGGAAGAGAAAUACACGUCCAGUUUACAAUUUAUCUUGUGUGUAAGCAAACUAUCACUUUUGUAUUGCUUCCUGGGCAUAGUCCGCUAUCGUUCCACAUCCUAUGUAUUUUUAAACAAACUGAGGUUUUUAGUUAUCUCCAAUGGCCAUGAGAGGGUAUGCCCACCUGCCACGUCAAGGCAGACCUCUUAGGUGGGUCUUAACUCUAACCAUUCACCUUGCCUUUUUGAGCUUCUGGUAAAGAUAUCUCUGAGACAGAAAGGGGUAUUUUUUUAUAUAAAUGCCUACAUGGUUAUUAACCCUUAAUAGGGAACACAUGGGAUGGGCAGCAAACUCCCAUUACUCCUGGGCGGCAGCGAGGUCUGCCUUGAUGUGGCAGGUGGGCAUACCCUCUCAUGGCCAUUGGAGGUAACUAAAAACCAUUUGUUUAAAAAUACAUAGGGAUGUGGAAAGAGCGCAGGUAAAAAAAUUUUUUUUUUUUUUUUUUUUCCUUUGGUUUUUACUAUAUGUAUUUGUGCUGAUGUGUACUAUGGUCGUUGCUGCCGCCCAGGAGUAAUGGGAGUUUGAGCGCAGGACUUGUUUCUUUGUAUUUAUGGUCUACUAUCUGUCUGAAAAUUGAUCAUACUGAGAGUCAAACCGCAUUUAAAAAAAAAAUAAAAUAAAAAAAAAUAUUCACUUCACCAGUGAUAAUUUAAUGUAAGUCGCAAAUCUCUUAAAAAAUUUGCCUUGUUCCAUCUUCAAACAAACGCUUUGGUUAUUUUUUUUUAUUUUUUUUAUGUGUAAUUGACUGUAUCCAAAUUUUUAUGUGUAAUUCUCUCAAGAAUUUAUUUAGAAUUAAGGGGGCUCCCAUUGUAUUCUUACUUGUAACACUUCGUACUUAAAAAUUCUCCUUCCCUGGCAGAUCUACAAGUCUACAAAAUGCAACGACAUGCAGCAGUCUGGGAGCUGCCCCCGCGGACCAUUCUGUGCCUUUGCACAUGUUGAGCGUAAGUCUCCCUCUGAAUAAAUCCUCUUUUCACCUUACUGAAAUAUAUAUAAAAUGACCCUGCUGCAUUCUAUUUAGAGCUAUCUAGAGAGCGUUUUGUUGUCUAGCACAUUCUGUACACAAUUCUCCUGUUUCUUUUUUGUAGAAACACUCUUUUGUGACGAACUACAGUCACCUUCUGCUGUAUCAAGUCCAACACAGACUGGGCCGGUUAUGUACAUGCCAUCAGCUGCAGGUGACUCUGUCCCUGUAAGCCCCUCAAGCCCUCACGCUCCAGAUUUCAGCAAUGUAAGUGAUUAGGCUUGUUUGUGUUUUUUUUUUUUUUAUUUUUUUUUUUUUUUGUGUGGCUAUUUUGGUAUUGCACUUUGUGAGUGUAAGCUUCUGACUCAAUUAUUUAAUAAUUGUCCAUAACAUUUAUGAAAAGGAAAACAUUGUCCACAAACGGAAAAGUGAAGAGCUAGAUCCAACAUGUGCAGGUUCAGUCUCCCAUCUUUAUACGUUGAAGACUAAUUUAAAUUUUUAUUUAUUAUAUUAAUACAGAAUAUAGUGUUUGGGCUGACUGGAAAGCUACUAAAAUAUAGAACUCUGAGUAACUAUUUGUUCACAUUUAGUGAAGCUUUAGACCUAUAGACUCCUAUUUGACCUCUUUUGAUGGUUCUCCCCUUUUUUGGAGACAUAAAUAUCCUUGUUACAAGUGUAUGUGCAAAAUAUGCUAAUUCCCUCUCUUGUAUAUGGCUAGGGCUGCAUAAACAAAGUAAUUUAAAGGGUUGCUGUUACCCUUUUUGAAGUCAGGAUCUUUCUGGUCCUAUUUUGCACAAUGGGGAAGGUACUCCCUGUUUGCAAUAAAACCUGGAAUUUUUUAAUUUUUUUUCACACACCUGGAAUCCAGCGCCGAGCGAAACAACUGGCACUGACCUUAUGCGCCCCAUCCAACAUCAGAUUGUCAUCAGUGCGUGCUGACACUUAUUUUAUGCACAAAAUUUACAUUUGGCUGCCCGGAACAGAGUUCUGGAUUGCCAGUGUCACUUGUGCUCGGGAUGCAAUUAACCCCCUAGCACACAAUUACAAAUAUCUCAGUAUGCGCAGUGUUUCAAACUGAAUCUGUGGUCGACAACAUCUGCAGUACCAAACGUUGCCUGUAACUGUUCUAAGGACUGUAUUAAACCUGUGAAAUCUCUGAAGUCCAUGCUUUUGACUCCCUCUUUGAGGUGGCCUGUGGCAGACCAGUUUGCCAUGGCUACUCUGUUGAAAACUACUUGCCUAGGGUGUCCCUUUAAUGGCCUACUACAACAAUGCUCUUUGUUUAGCAAUCCUCAUAUGAAAAUGUGCUCAAAUGAGCAUCUGAUGCCAACCAUUGAGUCAGGUGGCUGCCUACAGUAUAACCAAUAAUCCUGAAGGACCAAGCGACUUUCACUUAUUGUGCCUGAACACUGCCAUAUAACCUGUCCCAGUUAAAGGGUGGUAGGUAAGCACAGGUUACUAUUGGCACUUUUUGUUAAUUACUUGUUUUCUGCAGAAAACUGGCCACUUAGACUCCAAAACAUGCUCCAUAAUCUAAAUGUAAGCAUAGUUUCCAAGAAAAUUGACAUUCUUGUUUUUGUAACUUUUGAAUAAUUCAUUUGUUUCUAUAGCCACAACAAUAACAGAUCACCUGAUUGUCUAAUCUAUUAUACAAAAGCAGGGCCCUUUUAGACUAUAUAGGUUGUAGUUUCUAAUGAUUAGAGUCUGGGUUUCUUAUUCUAGCUGGGACCACAUUUGCUGGCAGAAAAAAAUGUUCUUUUUCUGAUAGUUGUUGGCCUAUUGUUAAAUAUUUUAUUUAUUUUGAAUUGGCUUUUAGGUAUGGGGAAAGAUGAGCCACCUUCCCACUAGCCCAACAUCAGCCACUGUAAGUAAUUCCCUUUUUGUGCAUAGUUACUAGAGUUUAGUGUGGCCUGUGCCACCCUGUUCUUGCUUUCAUAGACCUAUAAAAUUUUUCGAUAAAUGUCUAUGUAUUUAACGCUUUGUUGCGUUCAGUUGUAAUAAAGAUUGUGGUAUCCUCUUAUUUUGGUAACGUUUGUGUCACAAGAUCAAUGAUGCUGUGUGACUCCUUGAGCCACAUGUUUUAUGGCCGGUUUCUCUCAACUCCUUGAGUGCUAGAUCAUUUUACACACUCUGGAAUUAAACACACAAAUUGGUGCUCUUUCUGUAACUUUAUAAAGUGUUUUUUUUUUUUUUUUAUUGAACAUUCAAAUUAAUGAGGAAAAGGGUACAGAAAUGCUGUGGGGGAACAAAAUGCGGCAUUAGAUACAGCCACUACGGAAUAUGGGGGGAGGGGGUGGUGGACGGUGUAUUGCGGAGUUGUACACAUAGUAUGGUAACUAUGUUCCAAGCAUAGAAAAAGCCAAUCUUACCCAACUCAAAUUCUCUUCAAAAUGACUUUUUUUGUUUUGUGUGGUUUUUUUUUGGUUUUUAUGGGUGCCUGUAAAAAUAGUAAGAAAUGUGCAGAGGAUUAUGGUCCCCACAAUUAUUAAUGUACCUUUCCAAAUAGGAGAUUCUAUUUUGUAAAGCAAUUUAGGUAAAAACGAAUCUCUCUAUUUUAGUGGAGUGAUUAAUAUCGAUAAAGAAAAUAUACUAAUCCUGAGUUGGGAGUGGUUAAGAUGUUCAAAGUGUGUGUCUCUCCAGUAGACCAAAUAUGUCCCAAGUUUGUUUUACUACGUUUUUAAAUCGGAUAAAGUGAUGGAUGUGGUGCAUAUAAAACCUCUCCCUCCCCCCCUCCCCCUCCAAGCCCCCAACAAACCUAUGCUCCCAGAUUUCUCAAGCAGUGAAACCUCAUAUAUUUUUUUUUUUUUUUUAUGCAAUCAAGUAGUCAAAACCACAAAACUCAUAAUAUUCUCUUUUAAGAGAAACUUUGGAAAAUGCAGGUACCAUAAGUAAACAAGCUACAUAGAAAAGUUUCAGUAGAAGUCUAAAUCACUACAUGUUGUCAAGUGGGUCUCAGGUGUAACACCCAACAAUACCAAAAAGAUUGGUCCUCUGCUCUUACUCAGAAAUGGAAAGGAAGUGGGGAAACAAAUAAGGAACAAAAUGCGAAGCCAAAAUUAAUGGUAAAUGCAGCCAUAAUAACCACUAUGUGGCCAGCUGGCUUCAACAUUGAUCAGUUGACAAAGAGAGAUUUCCCAUGGCAGAGGAUUUACUAAUGGGUUUGUCGAAAGCUUCUAUAUUGAUAAAAUCAUUACUCAGAUUUUUGUUUGGCAAUUGACCAAGGCUCACAAUUUCCACUCUUAUUGGCAGGUGAAAACUUGGCCAUGGAGAGUAACUAGGCCUGACUAGCAACACCAUUAGUUUUUAGAAUGUGUAUUUUUUAUUUUUAUUUUUUUUUUUCAGUCCCAGUGGUUUAUUUUGCUUCACAUCUCUAGCUAAAACAUUUAUCUUCUAAGACUUUUUGAAUACUUUAGUUGGUUGACGAUUCUCUAUAGCAGCUAAAUCACAUUCAAAAUAGACGUAAGAAUGCAUAGCUCAGAAUCUGUUUCCGGUUACAAUUUCUAGCAUUAUUGCCAAUUUUGCUAAAUUUAAAUGUCUUUAUAUUAUACUAGAGUCUAGUAUAAUAUAAAGACAUUUAAAUUUAGCGAAAUUGGCAAUAAUGCUAGAAAUUGUAUAAAAUAUGUAAUAUCCAGUAAAAUAAGAUGUGAGUGAGGAUGAAAUCAGGUUGUCCAUCAUGUUCCGAAUCUUAGAACAUAAAUUUAUAAAGAGACUGACAUAUCUUUCUUCGCUGAGGAGAGACUGACAGAUUGGCAGAGCUUGGACUGGCAUUUAAUUACCCUCCACAGAACACUUAGAAUUUGGUUAUUGUUCAAAAACACAAAGGAAUUUCCUAUUGUAACGUGCCAAUUGUUAAACAUACACUGAAAAGACAGUGGCUCAGAGCACUACAGGCAAAGUGUAAAGCUUGCAAGUCUUGUCUUAUAUUGCAUUUGAAUGUAGAGAUGUGGAAAUAUUUUCUGAGCGAACGUACCUUUAGGGCAGUGCAGACAUAUUUUUGCAUUUAAAGAUAUGGAAUACUGUGUAACUUUUUUUUUUUUAAAUUGUAACUCUCACUUGACAUUUUGUAGAUGAUGAAUGUAAAAAUAAUUGGAUUUUAUUUUAGGUACCUUAUUUAAAAAGAGAUCUGUGUAAAAUGUUUUUAUCUGCAAACGGUUCAUCCAUGGUUUUAACUCCGUUUAUGCUAUAUUUCUUCUAAAUGUAAAGAUCUUUGAACACUCCAAGCACCCCGAUGGUGGUUAUGGAUCUUCCAUCAGGUGCUUAUCCAGGUCCCGCCAUCACUCCCCUUAAUCCCACAAAGCUUAGUCUAGUAUACCCCUGUAAAGUUUUACCCUGGGAGUUAGCCAGGGCACUUUUAUGCAGCAGGCUGUGAUGGUUCUGUUGCUUUGAGUGUUCCUUUUAAAACAACUAAAAUGCAAAUGUACAUUGUUGGCAGCUGUUUACUAUUAUUUUGGUGUUAUAUGAUCAUAUUGGCAUUGAGAUACUUUAAUUUCACAGAUAUAAAAUGGGAAUAUUUAAAGGGACACUAUAGACACCAACACAAGUUUACCUGAAUAAAGCAGUUUUGGUGUGCAGAUCAUGCCCGUGCAGUCUCAAUGGUCACUUCUCUGCCAUUUAGGAGUUAAAUCACUCUGUUUAUCCAGGCCUUAGUCACACGUCCUGUGAAGUGAGAUCUAAUGUUUAAACUUCCUUUAUUUCAAAUUCUGUUUACUUUAGAAUGUAUCUUCUUCUCUAUUAAGAGCUUGCAGGAUCCUCUUGCAUGUGAUUUUAAGUUGCAUUUACAGAGCAGGAGAAUUUUUUUUUUUUUUUAAAUCAACAUCUGAUUGAAAAUGAAGCCCUUUUCACGCAGGUUGUGAUUCUGCAUGGAUGGAAACAAAAGGGAUUUAACUCCUAAAGGGU